ACAUGCGAGCGCGCGGGGAUACGCGCAUGUCAGAGCCGUUUCUUUUUCACACGGAUACCGAGACCGAGCUUUUUCCCACAGGUUCGUUUAGUUUGGUAGUUCAUUUAAGAAUAGAAAAGGACCUAUUUUAGUGGGUAAGAUUUUGUUUCUUUCCGUAAAGUGAUUAAAAGUGCAGUUCUGUGAAGAUUUGCUGGGAUUUAUUCGUAUCGGAAGGGAUGAUGAUGGGGACUUUACGCGACCUCCAGUACGCGCUUCAGGAGAAGAUUGAAGAACUGAGGCAACGAGACGCGCUCAUCGACGAACUGGAGCUCGAACUGGACCAGAAAGACGAACUCAUUCAGAAACUGCAGAACGAGCUGGAUAAGUACCGAUCCGUGAUCCGCCCAGCGACCAAACAGGUCCAAAACAGUCCGGAGCUGCACGAGCAUCAGCGCACCAAGCGGCAGGCGAUCAGCGCCGAACCCGCAAACGUCCAACAGCUGAGUCACGUGACACUGCCCAUCGUCCCCAAGAGCGCAAAAUCUAAGGAACUAAUCAAGUCAGCUAUCCUGGACAAUGACUUCAUGAAGAACCUGGAGAUGUCUCAGAUCCAGGAGAUAGUGGACUGUAUGUAUCCAGUGGACUAUGACAAAAACAGCUGUAUUAUUAAAGAAGGGGAUGUGGGCUCCCUCGUCUAUGUCAUGGAAGAGGGGAAAGUUGAAGUGACUAAGGAAGGACUAAAGCUGUGCACUAUGGGACCGGGAAAGGUGUUUGGAGAGCUCGCCAUCCUUUAUAACUGCACCAGAACGGCAACAGUAAGAACUGUGACCAGCGUAAAGUUAUGGGCCAUCGACAGACAAUGUUUCCAGACCAUCAUGAUGAGAACGGGACUUAUCAAACACGCCGAGUACAUGGACUUAUUGAAAAGCGUCCCGACAUUCCGAAGUCUUCCAGAGGAAAUACUGAGUAAGCUUGCUGACGUCCUUGAGGAGACCCACUAUGAGGAUGGCGACUACAUCAUUAGACAGGGGGCACGAGGAGACACUUUCUUCAUUAUCAGUAAAGGAAAAGUGACAUUGACUCGUGAGGAAUGUCCAAGUCAGGAGCCCGUCUACCUGCGUUCCCUGGGGAAAGGUGACUCGUUUGGGGAAAAAGCCCUACAAGGGGAGGAUAUCAGAACUGCAAACUUCAUUGCAGCAGAGACUGUCACCUGCCUUGUGAUUGACAGAGACUCAUAUAAACACCUGAUUGGAGGUUUGGAAGACGUGUCUAAUAAAACUGGUGAAGACGCAGAGGCCAAAGCAAAAUAUGAGGCAGAGAACGCUUUCUUCUCCAACCUAAACCUCUCCGAUUUUAACAUCAUCGAUACACUUGGAGUUGGAGGAUUUGGACGUGUUGAACUGGUGCAGCUCAAGAGUGACGAACUGAAGACGUUUGCAAUGAAGAUCCUAAAAAAGCGUCACAUCGUGGACACGAGACAGCAGGAGCACAUCCGCUCGGAGAAGCUCAUCAUGCAAGAGGCACAUUCAGAUUUCAUUGUCAGACUCUACAGGACUUUUAAGGACAGUAAAUACCUCUAUAUGCUGAUGGAGGCGUGUUUAGGUGGAGAACUGUGGACUAUACUCAGAGACCGGGGCAACUUUGACGAUUCGACUACACGGUUUUACACGGCGUGUGUGGUGGAGGCGUUUGCUUACCUGCAUUCCAAAGGCAUCAUAUACAGAGACCUCAAACCCGAGAACCUGAUACUGGACCACAGAGGUUAUGCCAAACUGGUGGAUUUUGGCUUUGCCAAGAAGAUCGGUUUUGGGAAAAAGACGUGGACGUUCUGCGGUACUCCGGAGUACGUGGCUCCCGAGAUCAUCCUGAACAAAGGACACGACAUCUCGGCAGAUUACUGGUCCCUCGGGAUCCUCAUGUAUGAGCUACUGACUGGCAGUCCUCCUUUUUCAGGCCCUGAUCCGAUGAAAACAUACAACAUCAUUCUCAGAGGCAUCGACAUGAUCGAGUUCCCCAAAAAAAUUACCAAAAAUGCUGCCAAUCUCAUCAAAAAGCUAUGCAGAGACACUCCGUCUGAACGACUUGGCAACUUGAAAAAUGGUGUCAAAGACAUCCAAAAGCACAAAUGGUUUGAAGGGUUUAACUGGGACGGAUUGAGGAAAGGGACACUGAUGCCCCCUAUCAUUCCUAGUGUAACAUCAUCCACAGACACGAGUAACUUUGACAGCUUCCCAGAAGACAAUGAAGACCCACCACCUGAUGAUAACUCAGGCUGGGACGUAGACUUUUAAACAGACCCAAACACACAACGUGCGCACACAGACACGCAACAAUGCUCGAAAUGAAGCAGGACUACCAAUCAGGAGAACUGCAGGGAAUGGAUGACGUCCAAUGACAUGACGUUCUGGUGGAGCGACUCAAAAAACAACCCUGAAUCGUGUGUGUUUGUGUGCGCAUAUAAUAACCACCUUUACUGUGAGGUAAUUGAAGAGACGGACCAUUUAGGGAAAAGGUUGUGACCUCAAUGAUUUGUUCUUCUCCCUGAUUGGCUGCAAACUCUUCAUGCACCAAUUUGUGUGCAGACUACUCUAAAGAAGACUAUGUGAUAACAACACUGUAUGUCACGGGAGUCCUGACAGACCUGAAUGUUACACUUAAAGUAAUACUCAUUCAUUAUAGCACAUGUACAUAGUAGCAUAGUAUCAUUAUCCCAAAACACACGCGUACGCUGGCGUUCCUGACAUGUAUCGGUUUAUCUUUCAUGUUUCAAGACUUUUGCUCGGUUUCACCAUCUCUUCAGACACACACAGACGCAUUAUCUCACCUGUCUCUGCUGUUUAUUUAUUGCCAUUACGGUUUAUGAUAUUCUGAGCCCAGCGCUGGUUUUCUCAAAAUGAUGUGCCUCAAAAUCAUAGCUUCAUUGAUACGAGUCUACUGUAUUUAUUGUCCUAGAUGCAUUUCUAUUGAGGAGCAGGUGAGUAAUAAUCACUGUGAAUGGUCGGCUUUCAAACAGAAAGGGGCGGAGUUUGAUCCUUUUGCCUUUUAUGGCCGUUUCCUAACUGUGUUGUCAAAGGACUAAUUGGACCGCAGGUGCAUUGUAAUCAUUUCCACGGAGAUUCAGAUCAUGAACAGUAUUAGUGCCUUAAACCAACGGCAUCCCAAACCUGCUGCAUGCCUUCAGUACAAUCCCUUCAGCCUGCUGCUGUCCAUCAGAUGCUCUCUGUGUCCUUUUUAUACAAUAAAGCAACCGUUUUAGACAUUC